AAAAAUAUUACGCUAAGAACAACAAUAGAUGAAAUUGUUGUCAAAGAUCAGAUCUUUAUCAACAAAUCGAUCAAGAUUGACCAAGUGAAUAAUUGUAAUUUAUUUUAACUCGACACUAUACCUACUACCUUUAAAAAUAUUGGUUUAAGUGUAACCUUUUUAUAGGUUGUAACAAUUCAGAAAAUUCAAAGAGAAAUCUUGUGAAUUGUCAAAAAAUGGUGCACAAAGUAUUUGUUUAUGGUACUUUAAAAAGAAAUGAACCGAAUCAUGGCACCAUGACGAACCCAGAGAACGGGGUAGCGACUUUUAUAGCUGAAGGAAUGACAAAAGAAAAGUAUCCGUUGAUCAUAGCAACAAAAUACAAUGUACCAUUUCUAUUGCACAGUCCCGGAACUGGUUAUAAUGUGAAAGGUGAAAUAUAUGAAGUCGACGAUAAAAUGUUGUCGAAUCUUGAUAUUUUGGAAGAUCACCCUAAUUGUUACAUCAGAGAUAAGAAUGACAUAGUCCUUACGGAUUCUACCCAUAGAACUGUAAUGAAAUGCUGGGUGUAUUUCCUAAAAAUGUUUAAACCGGAAUUACUAUCGAAGCCUUUUCUGGAGGACUACAAGUCUGAAGGCGACCACGGGAUGCGCUAUUGCGAAAGGUGUAAAAGAGAUGUUAAUUUUAAAUUAAAAUUAGCGGUCAGAGACGAUUGUGCCUAUUUGUGAUUAAGUUGACUGCGAAUGUCGAGAAUUCAAUGUUUCAUGGUAAAUUAUCAUUGUUUUAAAACGGUAUUUCUAUUUUGAAUGCUUUUUUUUUCUGGUAGCUCUAGAUGAUGGUCAAGAACAUUUUAAGACAUGUCAUUCAGUAAAGGUACUCAGUCAGUCUCCAACUAAGUGUAAGAAGAUUAGUGAUCUAACAAAUUGACGGAAGACAAGCGCCGAAUCUCUUCCGGCGCGUAUUAGAAACUUUUCUGACAGACGGAAGGCAGCAGUUCUACCCCUGGCAUUGCUGACGCCCAUGAGCAACGGUAACCACUCACCAUCAGGUGGGCCAUAUGCUCUUCUGCCUACAAGGAUAGUAAAAAAAAAGUUGAAGUUUAUGGCUUUUAGAAAUUUGUUUUUUUUUUUAAUUUUUUUUAAAGGCUCCACCAUAAAUGUGCCAAGUGCUUUAUAUUUUUUAUUUCAUUUGAUAUGUGCAUAGACAUCACAAUGUGAAUGCCAGUACUCAUCUUGAGACCAAGAUUGAAAUAUCAAUUGUAUUGCACAGUAUGUGUCAAGUAUUAUUAUUUCUAAUAAGAUUUCAGAAUUGCUUUACAGUAGUAUUGAGAAAAAUGUUUGUGGUGGUUAUGGUUCGUGGUAAUCUACAGUGAAUGUACUACCACUAAAACCUUGUCUUUGUUAUGGUAAUAAGCUUUGAUUUUCUUUUUUUUUUCAGUCAGGACGAAUAUUGUACUGAUGAGGAUAUGAACGAAAUAAUUGAAAACGUAAAUUGAAUUAAAUUUACUCUAUAUAUUCUGGCUUAAUAUACAAAAAAAAUAUCGAAAUAAGACAAACAUUCCUAUUUAUAAUUUAUUAUUGUUUUAAUUUGGAGAAUAAAUUAUAUUCGUCUUUU